AUGAUGGUGCAGACUAAAAAACACAUUGCUUAUCCAAUGGUGUACUUACUUUUGAAAUUGGCAUUACUUUUGCAUGUGGCUACGACAACCGUUGAAAGAAGUUUCUUAGCUAUGAAUUUUGUGAAGAAUCAAUUGCGCAACCGUAUGGGUAAUGAAUUUUUGAAUGAUUGUUUGGUAACAUACAUAGGGAGUGAUAUAUUUGAUAGUGUUGAAAAUGAAAAAAUCUUACAACAGAUGCAAAAUAUAAAGACACGUAGAGAGCAAUUAUAA